GCGUUGCCGAUACCUCCGUGGCUCCACCUAUUCUCGCUGUUAUCUCGUCGGUUUACAAGGCGCUGUGACUUUCAGGUCGAUCACCUUCAAUUGCGUUUGAUACGGUCUCGGGUCUGACUUUUCCCUUCCGAGAGCGAAACCCUGCUCGAGUCCGGCUUCGCUCUGCAUUGAAUCCCAUACUCACUGCUACUCCGAGACACCUAAGCAUACACAUUUUCGGUCAUGGCUGCUGCACGACAUGCCGACGACCGCAGUCUUUUUCACAUGCACUCCCGCAUUGUGGGCGUGAAUGCCCAUGGCGACGGUCAUGUCAAUGAGGCAACGUACAGGAACGUUGGGAGCUUCGUCGCGGGGGGAGUGGCGAGCAUGACAUCGCGAACCGUGACGGCACCUGUUGAUCGACUGAAAAUCUACCUCAUUUCCAAGACGACAUCCAAGAGUCCUACGUGGCAACAUCUCAGGCAAGGAGCGCCCGGGAGGGCGGUGUUGUCUGCUGGUGCUCGCUUCGCCCAGGCCAGUAGAGAGAUCUGGAAUGCUGGGGGAGUGAGGAGUCUGUGGGCCGGCAAUGCGUUGAACAUUGUCAAAAUGUUCCCCGAAGGAGCCAUAAAAUUUGGCGUAUAUGAGGCCACCAGGCGCUUCUUUGCCGUUUGGGAAGGUGUUGAUGGCCCCUCGGAGAUAUCUGUUUGGGCUCAGACGGCUUCGGGCGGGACUGGUGGCGUUGCUGCUCAGCUUGCGGCAUACCCAUUCGACACGCUUCGCUUCCGCAUGCAAUGUAAUUCGCAAAGAGGCGGAGAGUACGGCCACCGUUUGCUCAAACAAACGGCCCAGCAGAUGUGGCGAUCUGGCGGUUACCGGGCCUAUUUUCGUGGACUCAUAUGGGGUUUGGUGGGCCAAUUCCCUUACUCGGCCAUCGAUCUGAGCACGUACGAGUACACCAGGCGCUGGUGGUUUCGGAGGAAUACUGCUAAGGGGAUCGAGGAGGACGAUGCUAGACCUGGAGCAGUAGCUACUGCAGCCAUUGGAGGGUUUAGUGGUGCAUUGGGCGCCUCAAUGGUGUGGCCGCUCAAUCUUCUGCGUACCCGACUACAAACCAGCGGUACCAUUAUCAACCCCAAGAUUUAUACCAGUAUCAUGGACGUGGCACGUCGUACGAUCAGUGAAGAGGGCUUUCGGGGGCUGUGGAAAGGAAUGCUUCCCAACUUAAUCAAGGUUGUACCGUCUGUCGCUGUAACAUACAUGGUCUACGAUAAGGGGAGACAAGCACUAGGGAUAUCAUGACCGGACGCAACAGGGUGAAUUUUAUAGACUAUAUAAUAUAGACCGAUGCAAUUUGUAUAAAAAACAAAUUUUGAAC